AUGGGCGACGUAAAUAAUGCAAGUUUAAGACGUGUAUCGAUACAAAACUUUGUUUCGGAAAAUAUCAAUGAAAUUAAAUUAACACUUGUACCUGAUGAUCAUGGUCGAGCAAUUAUGGAUAAUAAAUCGAAUCGAGCAGAAUUUAUUCGUAUAGCAUCUGAAGCUUCCGUUGAAAAUGUCAAAGAACUCAUUAAUAAGGAGUGGUGUUUGAAACGACCAUCACUUGCUAUAUCGGUUACAGGUGGUGCAAAAAAUUAUAAUAUGAAACCGAAAUUAUUGAGAGCAUUUCGACGUGGUCUUCUCAAAGUGGCAAGCACAACAGGUGCUUGGAUUAUUACGGGAGGUAUGAAUGCAGGAAUCAUGAAACUUGUUGGUGAAAUUGUUGAUAUGAAUCCUAGCCAUAGUCGUCCAAUUCAUUUAAUUGGUAUUGCUACUUGGGGUUGUGUAGCUGGUCGUGAUAAACUUAAAGUUCGUGGAGAAACUGUAGUGUAUACGAAACCAAUUACUGAAGAAAAAGGCACAACUCCUCUUGAACCUAAUCAUACAAAAUUUAUUUUUGUUGAUGAUGAAAGUGAAGGAAAAUAUGGUGGUGAAAUAAAAUUUCGUUCUCGUCUUGAACAAGUUAUAUCAGGAGAUUUUUUUGGAGCACGAUCUAGGGCAGGUUCUGGUAUUGAAUUUCAAACUUUAACAACACCAUCUUUACAUCCAGAACGAUCAGAUCCAGUACCUGUUGUUCUUCUUGUUGUUGAAGGUGGUCCAAAUACUGUUCGAACAGUUUAUGAAGCUGUUUUUAAAAAUAAUAUACCAGCUGUGAUUUUUGAAGGAACAGGUCGCUGUUGUGAUUUAUUUGCUAAAGCAGUUCGUCUCUACGAAAAUAUCAAACAACUUGAAGAUGCCGAAAAAACUUCACAAGCUACUCAAUCAUCACGCGCUGAAAACAUAAAAAAACAACUUCGUGAAGCACUUAACAAAGAGCUUUGUGAAAUUGAUCCUGUAACCAAUGUAUCACAGGCUAUUGAUUCAAUUGAUUGUUUUGAAUCAGUUUAUCGAUGUGUUACUCAACGACUAAAAUUUUUAAAUAUUGUUAGUCUUAAUGCAAAAGGUCCAGUUGAACCUGAUAUUGAUUUGGCUAUUUUAAAAGCUUUAUUAAAAGCUACGUCAGGUUCUGGCAUGAGUAAAACAAAUGAUGAUGAACGAAAACGUGAACAAUUUCUAUUAGCUUUGGAAUGGAAUCGUGUUGAUAUUGUAAAAAAUGAAAUUAUGAAAAACGAUGCAGAUUGGGCGACGACAAAUUUAAAUGACUUCUUUGAAAUAGCACUCAUUAGAAGUCAAACAGAAUUUGUGAAAUUAUUUCUUGAUCAUGAUUUUUCAUUAACUGAUUUCUUUCGUAAUAAUGACAAACUUCCAACACUUUAUAAAAAUAGCAUGAGCAAAGAACAUUAUCAAAAGAUUGCAGAAUCUCAUAAUCCAUUACAAACAAUCUAUAAAUUAGUACUUCAACCAUUAAUAGGCGAUUUUUUUAAUGUUGCUGUUGCUUUACGAUCAGAAAGAACUCCUUCUCAUAUUGGUAUAAAUCUUGAAAAUAAUCGUGAUCCAUAUUUAGACCAAAAUUAUGCUAGUGAAGCACUUAAAAAACUUACUGGAAGUUUACUAUCAGAAGUUCUCAGUGUCUUAAAACUUAGAUAUUUUCAUCUGGCUUUCUUAUUACUUUUUUCUUAUGUUGUAUUAUGUGGUGUUUUUCCUCUGUAUGAAUUUCAAAGCGAUAUAUGCAGACCAACAAUUGAUUCUGAAAAACAAGAUGAUGAUAAAAGUUCAUCGAUAAAAAAUAGUAAACCUACAACUAAUAUAACAAUUCCAUAUGGUUUGCAAAAACGUAAUCAACCAGCUAUUCAAGAAUAUAUACUUUUGAUUUGGGUUACAACAUUACUUUGUGAAGAAAUGCGACAACUCUGUUCAUUGGAAGCACAAACAACUCGCAAUGCCAUAGUAAACUAUUUCAAAGGUUUUUGGAACGAAUUAGAUGUUCUAGCUAUCAUACUUUUUUAUGUUGGGUUUAUACUUCGAUGUCUGCCAGCAACAGAAUGUUUUUGUGCAGCACGUAUCGUUUGGUCAAUAGAUUUAUCAAUUUGGUAUAUACGUUCAUUAGAGAUAUUUGCAGCUAUUCAACGACUCGGUCCUAAACUUGUUAUGAUUCAGGAAAUGAUAAAUGAUUUGAAAUUUUAUAUGGUUUUGUUGAUUGUGUUCAUUUUUGGAUUUGGUGUAUCAUCUCAUAGUCUUAUUUAUGGUACACAAGAAUUUACUUGGCAUUUACCACGUGAAAUUCUACAUCUGUCCUAUUGGCAAAUAUUUGGUGAAAUUGAUGUGUUAAGUAAAUUUGAAAACAAUUUUCAUGCAACUGGUUAUGCCGUAUUUCUUAUACUUGUUGCAUAUAUGGCUAUUGUUAGUAUACUUUUGGUUAAUCUACUUAUUGCAAUGUUCAGUAAUACUUUCGAUCGUCUUCAAAAUGAUACAGAUCGAAUAUGGAAAUUUCAACGAUAUUCAUUAAUAUGUGAAUAUUUAUCUCGACCAUCAAUACCACCUCCAUUUAUUUUUCUUUCUCAUCUUUGGCGACUGAUAUUAAAAAUUUUAAAACAAUAUAGCAAAUCACCAUGGAUUAAAAAAAUAUAUGUUGCACAUCUAGAACGAACACAAUAUGCAAUUAGUUCUAAUGAUGAAAAAUUGGCUAAAAAAAUCGAAAAAGUUGAAGAUGUACUUGGUGAUGAAGUUUAUUAUAAUUGUUUGAGGAAUGCUGGAAAAUUCAAUGAAGAACAUGAUUUUGAUGAAGAACGAGUUCACACACCACAAGAUUCAGUGUUCAAGAAAAUGCAAAUACUCGAGAGUCAAGUGAAAAUGAUUCGUGAUCAAGUAACAAUGACUCGUAAUCAACAAGAUAAGGUAUUAGAAUAUCUUCAUUGUUUAAUGGAUGGUAUGAAAAUGAUAGGUGGUGAACGUAUUAAAGUACCUGAAUUACGUCCUUCCAAGUCAGAAGAAUCAAUUGAUGAAACAACGAAUCAUAAUGAUCAAUCAAGACAAUCUCUUCAACAAGAUUCAAUAAUAGCGGAUAUUCGUCAUUCAACAAGCACUUGUGAAUUUACAGAAACUCCAUCGGUGAAGACAUUUCGAUUUUUGAAAAAGUAA